ACCCUGACUCAGUGCGGCUGUUGAGGCUGAGUGACCACUUACAGGAGGAGAUUUGAGUUCCAGACAGCCUGAAGGUCAUUGCUUCUGAUCAGCUCUGUCCAGGAGACCCAAAACCAUCCCCGGCCACAAGCUCCCCAGGGUCACCCGGGGUCAGGAGCCUGAGCGGCGACUUCCUGAGCUGUUUCUCUGCUGCAACAGAAGCCCAGGGCCACCUCUCAAGGUCUGACGUGGAGUUUCCAGCCAGACUCUGUCCUCCCAUCCUCCUACCAUGGCUCUCUCAAGGAAGCAUCGCAUCUCACUUGUGAACAGAAGCCCCUGGAUGGAAACGGCCGUUUGCUCCCCCCCGCCCCUUCUCAUCUGAGACCUCCGAACCCGCGAUCCUGAGGCGCCGUCCACGGUGCUGGCCUCUAUGGACUUCUGAAGGGCUGGGGUGAAGUUGUCCUGAGCACUGGUCUUCUGGGCAGAGGAAUUCUGUGGCCAAGACGAGCUGCCCUGGGUGCCUGGAGUGUCGGGGUAUGGGGAACCAUGCCUUGGGUGUUAAGAACAGUUUCUUUGGGAAAGCAUGACGCAGUAUCUACUUUGUGUUGGAUCCCGCAGUAAACGCUGAAGUCAGGGUUUAGUAAUUCCUGUGGACAGAGUAAAGAGGCCCCGAGGCCCGCAUCCCUCUUGGGUGCAGCCCCUCCUUCCUCUGCACACCAACCCCUGAUCCUUCAUCACUGCUGUUUCUGGAUCUCAAAGCUCAGCUGGAUGUUGGGCACGGACAGUGCCAGUCCCCCCUUGGUCCUGUAGGACCAGAUUAUUCACCGCCCACACUCACUUCAUGGAUGAGAACGGUUGCUCUGGAGCUGGGGAAGGAAGAAAAACCAAACAUCAGGGGACAGGCAGGAAGGUAAGGAAGGUCCUGGAGGCUGAGGCCCACUGAGCAGGUGCGUUGUCAUUCACUGUCCUUAUUUCGCAGCUCACUCGCAUUGCACAGUCAGCCCGAGGGGUCUACUGGAGCUGCCCAGGCAGGAGACUUCACACUGACAGCCCCUUAACAGGGUCUAUGCUGGGCCUGCCAUGCUCCUGGGACAGCUUCAUCUCCUCCGUGAGCCACAGAAUCUGGCUAGUGGAGAUCCACGGGAUGGAGGGUCCAGGGUCGUCUGAGAGGCAGGUCAGGACCACAGAAUCCUGUUCUGUGUUACCGAUGUGGAUAGAGGUUGUGUCACCGGCUCGGCUGACAAACACGAGGGACCAUCAGAGGCUGCGACCGGGACCUGGGCCAUGCUCGUUCAUCAAAGACCUCAGCCAACUUUCAGGGCCCACAGUGAGGUAGGGCUGCAGUGCCUUGUGUUGGCGCCACCUGGUGGAGACAUGGCAUCACCGCAAGUGUGUGGAUGGACCCCACCGAAUUCCUGCGCCUGAUACCCCCAAAAUGGAAUGGGGGCAAGAGGGGCUUCCGUGAUCUGAGUGGCAUGGUGGCCCCGGAGAGGAAGAGAAGGACGCUGCUGCAGUUCCUGUCUGACCAUUUCUAUGACGUGAAGUUUCUGAGGGAGUUCAUGCUCCAGAAGCAGAUGCAGAAGCUGUACCUGGACAACAGAUCCUUCACUAACAUCCAGGACAGAUAUGGCCCAGAUAUCGCAGGAGCCUUCUUCAUCCUGCAGCAUGGAGGAUCUGUCAAGUUUCGGGACAGGGAGUGGAUCAGGUCAGAUGAGUACAAACGUUUCUCUGCUGAGGUCUUGAAGUUCCAAGCGGUGCCCGUGGAGGCUAUCGAUGCCAGUGGCUGUGUUAUCAACUACUAUGGCCUGGACAAUCUCUUGCCCCUGAAGGAGCUCCGAUCCCUGUCACUGCAGCGCUGUCCCCACGUGGACGACUGGUGCCUCAGCCGCCUCUACCCUCUGUCUGACUCACUGCAGGAGCUCUUGUUGGCCGGCUGCCCCCACAUCUCGGAACGGGGCCUCGCCUGCCUCCACCACCUCCAGAACCUCCAGAGACUGGACAUCUCAGACCUCCCCGCCGUGGAGUACCCGGGCCUCACUCAGAUCCUGGUGGAAGAGAUGUUGCCCAACUGUGAGGUUGUGGGGACUGACUGGGCCCAGGGUCUCAGGUUGGGGCCAGAGGAGCGGCCUCAGAAUACAGCCAGCCCCAUCCCUGCCAAGCCUACAGCCCGUGGAUCGCGGUGACCCACGUAGAACGGUGUGGCUGUCUACACCUGCCCUCCAAGACUGAUCCAGAAUCUAUACUCGGAAUGCCCCAGGACACAGCUUCUAAGAUGGAAUUCGGGGUGGUUUGGUUGCACCUUUGGUCUUGAGCGCAGCCCAGGGAAAUAGGAAGCCAGCGAUCCCCAACAUGCAGUGGCUUCACAGCCCCGCCGUGGUUGAUCUCAAGGUGCCAAGGGAAGCACCUGAUUCAGAGCCCGUGACCCCUAUGCCUGACAGCUGUGGCAGGACAAUUCUAAAGGCUGGGGUGUCGGGUGGAUUCUUGGGAGUGCUCCUGAGUGCCCACAGAUACAGUGACAAGCUGGAGUCUGCUCUGCUGCAUCUGAGAACCAGACAGCUUCCCUAACAGCCCCAGAAGUUCUUAGAUGGGGUCGUCCGGUUGGAUCCAGGGUAAACAGAAGACCUCAGACCCACAGAGUCCGUUCCCAGUGCCAGGGGCCUCCCAGCGCGCUGAGCUUGGACACCAUGUAAGGAUGACCUCACCUUUAAAGAGGGCACCUGUUCUUCAUAUUCACAAGUGCCUGCUGCUGCCACCAGGCCCAUAUGUACCUGGGAACAGAGACCAGUAGGACUUAGGAGGGAGCAACUUGCACACUAAAAGGAAACUUUGCAAACUGAUGCACAGACAGAGCCCUGGAGAUGGCAUGCAGGAGUGGAUUCUAAGGGUGUCAGACUGAGGAGGACGAAUAUAACACUAGCUGGGCCCAAACUCACUGGUGGGUAUGCUUACUAGAGAGUCCAUCUUUAGUAAGUUACCGUGUGCAUCUGGGGUGGUUCUAACAGUUACUUGAUUGGCCGACUGGAACUAGGACCCAUCGACAGUCUGCAGUUGAAGAGGCCAAGAGACGAGAAGUCUCUGGCAUAAUGUGGAUGCAGGAAUCCAGAGGCUUAAUGAUGGAGACAGAGCAUUGGGAUUGAUCACAUUCGACCUCACAGUCACCCGACCUCGUUAUGCAUGGUCCACGAAUCUUAUGCCCUGCAGACCUCUCAAGAGCCUCUGCACCCACGGAGGAAGUGAGAUGAGCCAGGAGAGCGCACCCUGACCCCACCUCUGGCCUGGGGCGAGGUAGGCUUGGCCCUGCAUUCACCAACCACCGCUUCCAUCUGUUCCCGUGGGCUCUGUUAUUCGAAUUCGGAAGGUAGAAGUCAGGGCUGGGCGGACAAUGAACUUUCGUUGACAAGGGGCCUCCCGGAGUUCUCCCUGCUGUCUCCUCUCCUCAGAUGGCCCAGCCUCUUGCCCCUAUCCCGACUGGGCAAC